GGCGGACGGGGAGCGGGCCCGGCUAGGCCGCGUUGCUGGGGGGUAACAGGCAGCUCCGUGACCUGUGACCCCGGGUUGGCGCCAUGGUCGCCAUGGAGGAGCUGGAGCUGCUGGUGGAGAAUGUGGAGGAGCUGGUGGAGGACGAGAACCGCAUUGUCACCUACAAGAUGCUGAGCCAUUCCUUUGGCAUUCACGUCAACCAGGCGAAACAGUUGCUCUAUCACUAUGUGGAGCGAAAGAGGAAAGAAAAUUCUGGGGCUCAGCUCCAUGUGACCUAUCUCGUCUCUGGGAAAUCGCAAGAAGAUGGAAACUCGUGUCACAAGGUAGCAGUGGUGAGGGAAGAUCAAUUGGAAGCAGUGAAGCUGAAGCUGCUGGUGACCGCCAGUGUGCACGUGUACAGUAUUCAGAAAGCAAUGCUGAAAGACAGCAGUCCGCUUUUCAACACUGAUUACGAAGCAGUCAAGGAGAACCUGCAGAACAGCAGCAAGUACAGUGCCAUCCGGUGUGCGGAUGCGGUUCCCCGGUCAGCGGAGGAGAUGGCCCGUGCGCACAAGUCGGUGCAGCCGACCCCUCCGGAUCCCGAUGAGCCACCGGGCGCCGGCAAACCCGUGGCGAACCGCAGCGCACCGGCAGCCCCAGCUAAACCCGCCGCCCCGCAGCUCAAGGGAAUCAUGGGCAUGUUCGCGGCCAGACCUUCCGCCAAAGCCAGCACCAAAGAAGAGAGAGCUGAGCCCGUGGUCGUGAAAGAUAGGGAGAGCCCUGCUCCUUCGGGAAGCAAGGCGGCAAGCAAAGGGCUCAGCAACUUUUUCCAGAAAGUCAGUGCCAAGAAAGAAUCGCCACCGUCUAAGGCCGCAAAGGAACAGGUUCCUCCCGGAAAACCAGCCCCGGAGUUUGCAGAGAAAGCAGAUGCCCCUGAGGGUGGAGAGAGCCACGUUGCAGCUGCGCAGGGAGGGAGCGACGAAGAAAUGGCCCUGACCAGUGACGCCGCAGCACAGAAAGUGCCAGCCAAGCCUCCGAAGGAGAAGAACACGGCAAAGAAGGCAAAGAAAACACGGGAUAAUCGGCAGCAAGGCGACGAACAGAGCAACAAGAAGACGAAGCGUGGCGUAGCGCAGCCGAGCGACGGGGAGGGACCUUGCACCAAGCGGCGACGGCGGAUCAGACAGGCUCAGUCGGACAGCAGCGACGAGGACGUGGUGGCGGACUCUCCUGGAGCCUUUGAUGUGAAAACGCCGUCACCAAAGGGUGAAGCCCCAGUCGGCGAGGAGGAAGCAUCACCACCAAGCUUCUCCGAGGUGGCGGCUAAGCCAGCCCGUUGGCAGAGUGCAGAGGACACUGAGAAGGCAGGAGGAGUGAAGAGCAGAAAGCAGCGCCGGGUUCUCAAAAACAAGACCUUUCUGAAUGAGGAGGGUGAAUUUGUGACGGAGAAGGUUUUCCAGAACGAGUCGUGCACCGACAGCGAGGGCGAGUUGGCCGCCAAACCACAAGUGCAGAAGCCAGCCCAGGCCAAGAGCACUGGGGGGGUGAAAGAGGAACGGAAGGGGCAGAAGGAGAAGAAGUCACCGGGCUCCGGCCGAGCUGGCAAGCAGGCAUCCAUCAUGGGAUUCUUCAAGAAGGCAACCUAGCGCCAACACUCCUGGCAGCCGGCUUCAUGGUAAACGGUGGCACCACGAACCGGAGCUCGGAAAGCUAACCGAGCCAUCGUCAUGCUUCCAAACAUAACAGCAGAAGCUCUACUCUAGGAGAUGUGAAUCUGGGAGCAUUGUGUGUUGAGAAAGGGCAACUUGGACAAGAGGGGCACUUCAAAAAACCUUGACUGUAACGUGGCCCACAGUCGGAGUAGGUUCUCUUGUGCAUGUUUAAACAUUGUUCAUCGUGCUGCCUCGCAUUUCUGUCAGUACUUACUUCCUCUCUGGUUUUCAGUGAACUUUUGGUAAACCUAUCCAUGAGACUAUCUUCAAACUUCAUUGCGGCAGUUGUUGGCAACACAUGUUUUCAACACAUGCCUGUCUGUAUACAAGUGAUAGCCAGCAGAUGGCAAACUUCAGCCAUCUCGCUGGCUAGGUCAAUUUCUAUGUUUACUUUGUAGAUUCGAAGGGAAUCUUUUUUGACAAGGAAAGUGCAUGUCAGUCGAAUGGAUAAGCUUCGAAACAAGAAACGGCAGAUGCUGGUUUACAAAAAAAGUCACAGAGUGCUGGAUUAACUCAGCAUGGAUAGGUGACGUUUUAAGAUUGAACCCACCUCUGGUGAUGGGUAGUGACUUGAAAUCAUCACCUCUCCAUGUUCUCCACAGAUGCUGCCUGGCCAGCUGAGUUACUCCAGCACUUUGUCUUUUUGUUGUUGUAAAUCAAUGUAAUUCAUUCAAUGAUGCUUAAUGCAGCACCUGCAGUUCUGUGUCUCAUUAUUUGCGCACUUUGGAGGGAAGGUUGUCUGUGGGUGAUUACGGUUUUGUGGUGUUCUGAUCAUCUAUGAGUGACGCCAACUAUGGACCUUGUGCAGACCUCUGACACCUGUGCAGGGUGGUGGUGUGGGAUAUUCUGCUGAUGAAAAGUCCUCAUACUUCCAUCAGCCUUUUGCUGAAUGCUGUGAAUAAAGUUUUUUUUAGGAAAAUAAAUAAA